GUCAAGACGGUCAUGCAUUUCUGCUAUUCUCAGUAUUAACAGUGGCAGGGCUAGGGGGAAUGGCUUCAGCUUAUGUUCCUCGACCACCAGAAGAAGAUUUCCUGGGCUUUUCUACACAGCAGGAAAAUGCCCUAAGUCAAGUUGGCUCACUCAAACCGUACUCUCAAGUCGGUCAAUUCGGAGGAGAUGGUUUCGUUGGCUCCACCACUUCUGCUCUGCACUACUCACGGCCUCGCAGUCGGCAGGGCUCAAGAGUCUCAAGUGUUAGACAGCUCGAGGAAAUGCAGCCACAACGAGCACCAGUAACCCCGGCAACCACACAACCCAGGAGAGUACCCAUGACUGAGGAGUGCAGGCUCAACUUUUCCUAUGAUGCCGCAGAUGAGCCUAGCGGUCGAGCAAAUAUUGGUCUUCGCUCUGUGAAUGAGAUUCCUGAAAUGUACAGGAGUGUGUUCAAAAACUACUCUCAUUUCAAUCUGGUACAGUCAAAAGUAUUUGAUGAUGUGAUGUACACCGACCGGCCGCUAGUGACCUCUGCCCCUACUGGAAGCGGCAAGACAGUUAUCUUUGAGUUGGCCAUCAUUCGACUCUUAGUACAACUUGGAGGACAAAUGGCUUCAGCUAAAAUCAUAUAUGUUGCUCCGAUCAAGGCUCUUUGUGCUGAGAGGUUUGACGAUUGGCAGACCAAGUUUGGGCCACUGGGACUGAGGUGUUGUGAGCUGACAGGAGACAGCCAAUUAGACGACUAUUUUGAGCUACAAAAUGCACAGAUCGUCAUGACUACCCCCGAGAAGUGGGAUAGUAUGACUCGUAAGUGGCGUGACCACAAGUCCCUGGUCCAGUUAGUCAGACUCUUCCUGAUCGAUGAGGUGCACCAACUCAAUGACGAGACCCGAGGGCCCACAAUGGAGGCCAUUGUCAGUCGUAUGAAGACCGUCCGCUCCUCCCUCCAGUGGGAGGGCAGCAGCAUUGAGACCAGUGCCUCUCAACUGAGGUUCAUUGCUGUGUCAGCCACCAUGCCAAACAUCUCAGAUGUGGCUGCUUGGCUGGGUAGCAGUGAGGAGGCACCAGCCCUAGAGUAUGCCAUUGAUGAAAGCUACCGUCCUGUUAGACUGAGGAAAGUGGUUCUUGGCUACCCUAAUGCCAGCACAGAGUUCAAGUUUGACCUCUCCCUCAACUAUCGGCUUAGCGGAGUCAUCCAGUGUUACUCCGAGCAGAAACCAUCUUUAGUGUUUUGUGCAACAAGGAAGGGUACUCAGCAAGCUGCCAACGUUCUGAUCAAGGAUGCUCGUUUUGUAAUGAACGGACACCACAAGCAGCGAUUGGUCACUGUCACCAACUCACUCAAGGAUGCAAAACUCAGAGAGCUGGUGAUGUUUGGAGUGGGAUACCACCAUGCUGGUAUGGAUGUAACUGACAGGAAGGCUGUGGAGACACUCUUCACUGCAGGAGAACUACCUGUACUCUUUGCAACGAGCACUUUGGCAAUGGGGGUGAACUUGCCGGCUCAUCUGGUGGUCAUAAAGUCAACAAUGCAUUACAUAACGGGUAUGUUCCAAGAGUGCAGUGAGAGUCAGGUGCUACAGAUGAUUGGUCGGGCAGGACGACCUCAGUUUGAUACCACUGCCACUGCUGUGAUAAUGACGAGAAAUUCCACCAAGAUGAAGUAUGAGGCACUGUUAGGUGGGACACAGCUCAUUGAGAGCAGCCUCCACCACCACUUGAUAGAGCACAUGAAUGCUGAGAUAGUACUGCACACCAUCACUGAUGUCUCAGUGGCUCUCGAGUGGCUGAGGUCCACAUUCUUCUACAUACGAGUCAAACAGAAUCCACAACAUUAUGGACUACCCCAGGAGCAGGAGAAGAAAGAGGAAAAACUACAGCAGCUGUGUCUAGAGCACCUCCACCUGUUGGAGGAGGCGGGGCUGGUGAGAAUGGAGGACGGGUUCACUCUACAGCCCACUGAGACAGGGAGACUCAUGGCUCGCUACUAUGUGGCCUUUGAGUCUAUGAAGCGAUUCCUUGCCCUCACAGGGAGGGAGGAUCUCUCCGUACUGGUGAGUGAGUUGUCCAAGUGUCGUGAGUUUGAAGACGUCAGACUGAGGAUGAACGAGAGGAAGGUGCUCAACACACUCAACAAGGACAAGAACAGACAAACCAUCAGGUUUCCUAUGAAUGGCAAAAUCAAAACAACUGACAUGAAAGUUGAUUGUCUUAUACAAGCCAAUCUCGGCUGCCUGCCUGUGCAAGAAUUUGGACUCAAUCAAGACACCCAGAAAAUAAUUCGAGGUGCUUCACGUCUGUCAAAAUGUCUAAUGGAACUGGAGAUGCUGUCGGACAACUUUGAGUGCCUAUUGAAUGCUGUGCUCCUCAAUAAAUGCUUUCAUGCAAAAUUGUGGGAAAACUCCAAGUAUGUUUCGAGACAGUUGGACAAGAUUGGCAUCUCUCUGAGCACUGCUCUGGUCAAUGCUGGCCUCACUUCAUUCAACAAGAUCAAACAAAAAACUCCGAGAGAGCUAGAGCUCAUUAUGAAUCGGCAUCCCCCAUUUGGUAACCAAGUGCUUGAGGCCAUAUCUCGUCUCCCCGCGUACAGUCUGAGUGUGGAGCAGUCCUUUGUUCCUCAGGCCAUGUCCAGUGAGCUCGUACUACACGUUCGUCUGUCCAAUCACGAGGUGCUCAAGGAGAGGGGACCUGCAGGAUCACACCACUCUCUGUUGCUACUCGUCGGGGACCAGGAGAACAAAGUGAUCUGCAGGCAAAGACUGAGUGAUUCUCAGAUGAUGGGUAGUGGUCACUUCACUAGAAAGCUCACUGUGCAGCGGUCUCGCUCUGGUGAUGACCUAAGGAUUCACGUGAUUUCCAUGGACCUGGUGGGACUGGACAUACAAGAAGUGUACACCCCUUGCUACACCACCGUACCCACAAACAGACCACCCCCCAAGACGAGGGAACAAGAGAACCUGAGGACAGGAGAGGCUGGGAGGAGUGAUGGAGGGGAGAGCUCUGCACAAACCUGUCGCAAGGCUUGCAGUCAUCGAUGCGUCAACAAGGCUGUUUGUGGUCAUGAGUGCUGCAAGGUUGGCAUUGCGGUGAAGUCUCGGCCACUCUCGACUAGUGAUGGUGGCUCAAAGCAAGCCCAACAGGGCAAGACGGUACCUAACAACACAGCUAUAGCCCAUAGCAGCACAACGCAUGCCAGGACCAACUCCGUCCCUAGCACUCCUAGAAUGAAGUUUUCUUCAUCAGCAAAGAUGAAUAGCCACUGUACAAGCACUAGUACCUCUUCUCUCUCCUCGAGGUUUGGCUACACUCCCAAGCCCAGUCUAACAACUACUCCCGGAAGCAUCAACCAACCAAAACAACAUCAGACAUCGUACGAUACGUAUCAAGGAGCCUCUCAUGCCAACACUGACUACAGUGCAGGCUACUCUGGAGCCCAGAGCCCUCCAUCCAGAAACUCCAACGUGCACGGAAAUUCUGGAUAUCGUGACAACAUGUAUGGUGCCGAUUUCGACCCGUCUGAUAUUGAUGCUGAUUCUGUCACUCGUGCUGAAAAUCUCUCCGCUAAUGUGGACAUGAGUGAAUGGUUCAAUCCAGACAUUGCAUACUUUGCAGCAGAGGACAAAGUGGCCGAGUGCACCUCAAGUAAAAAGAGCACGUUAAAUCGACCGAAGAAACAGUCUGCCGCAUCACAAAUGAGGGAGAUGUCUCUGAGAUUGGGAAGAGAGCAGGCUGGCGAUCAAUCAGCAUCAAACACGGUUCAGAGAUUACCAGUAAUGUCUGGUCUCAGUGGCCGAAAGAGGCUUAUCGACAACAUGUUUGACGAAAUAUUCGAUCCGAAAGGAGUAGCCCAACCUCCCACGAAAAAACCUAUACCAAGGACUACUCAAGCAAACACUAUUCUAUCUAUCAAGUCCACACCUCAAAUCUCAAUGCAUACUCCCCAGCGUGCUAGGAAGCCACAAAUCGAGGACAGUUUCUGUAACGUCCCCGACACUCCAAGGGUAGCAGCUAGCACACGGUACACUGAUACCACUCUCUCCAAGAAUCCACGAUUCGAGGACAGUUUCUCUAGCCUCCCCGACACUCCAAGGGUAGUAGCUAGCACACGGUACACUGAUACCACUCUCUCCAAGAAGCCACGAUUCGAGGACAGUUUCUCUAGCCUCCCCGACUCUCCAAGGGUAGUAGCUAGCACACGGUACACUGAUACCACUCUCUCCAAGAAGCCACAAUUCGAGGACAGUUUCUCUAGCCUCCCCGACACUCCAAGGGUAGCAGCUAGCACACGGUACACUGAUGCCACUCUCUCCAAGAAGUCACGAUUCGAGGACAGUUUCUCUAGUCUCCCCGACACUCCAAGGGUAGCAGCCAGUACACGGUACACUGAUGCCACUCUCUCCAAGAAGCCACGAAUCGGGGACAGUUUUUCUAACGUCCCUGACACUCCAAGGGUAGCAGCCAGCACACAGUGUACUGAUGCCACUCUCUCCAAGAAGCUCAGCUCACAGAUGCAACAGGCACACAACCACACGGAUGCUUGUAGCCACACAAUGCUCGAACAAUCGUACGAAGGAAACGACUCAUUUAUCUCGUCUCUAUACGACCCUGAAUCUGAGGGUAAAACAACAUCAUCCACCUCGUUCUUCACAGCAGGCCCUGUGUGCAAUGAAGAGGAGGAUGAUGUGUUCAGCUCUGUGUUUGCAGGUAUCUUCUAAUAACCGAAUCAAACUAUAAUUAUACGAACCCUCCAUGAAUCACUUGAACUCAGUAUCAAAACAACAAUUCAUCAUGACAUUGUCACAAGUUAUGUACAUUAAUUAUGUUACAUGUUUACUGUACGUCUCUCAUAAAAAAAAUUUCAGCAAAA